CAGUUUCGAGAGGGGAUAAAAAGUUAUAAGAUGAAAUAUUUGAUUUCCUAUUUGACAGGGAUUUUACUGGUAUCAGUACUGUCUUUAGCUGCACACGCUUCCAAUUCUAACGAUUCCUUGGUGCUUCUUACUAAAACGCUAGAUGCUAUAGAGUUUGCACUCAAUUAUUUUCACCAGGAGCAUCCUAAUCUCAAUCUAGAUGCUGUUAUUGGAACAAGAAUGGUUGAAGGACAAUUUAAAGUUCUGCUCAAAAAACUAAAUUCCCGACCCGAAAAUGAUGCGAACAAAAUUUGGAACCCAACGAUUGCAAGAAUAGAGAGGUUGCAGAAGGUUGCUGGGCUCGUUAGUGAAGAAGCGCUGCCCUAUAUAGCGGCCUUUACUCCACAAUAUUAUAACGAGAUAGGUCCAGUUAUACAAGGAGGAUUCUGGGAAAUGGACUAUCCAAGUCGGGAUUUUGAUCCCGAUGUUAAAGUUUGGCAAUAUCGAGAAGGAGAAUCCCUAAGGGAACAAAAAUCAGAUGAUUGUUUAGCAGAGUUCUUUGGAACAGGAAAGAAAUCAAAAGAGCACUGCAGAAUAUCUGACGAAUGCUGGGAUUUUAUGACGUCACCAGGAUACAAUUCUUACUCACUGUCUCAUCAGGUCCUUUACCUGGAAAUAGGAAGACAGUUUGGGUGCUACGCACAAAUGUUGCUGAAAAAUUUACUCAAACACCAAAAACCAAUUAACGAAUUACAGGAAGAAUUCUGUAAAAACAUGUUGAAUGAAGCAGUUAUCAUUGCGAAAAACGGGUUUCCACAACGAAAACAAGAUCUUUUUAUGGAGCAAGCCGCCUUAUGUGGUAUCCUUGGAUACAGAGAAUUCUUCACCUCUGAUUGGUUAACACCAAUCCUCAGUUGGCAGGAUGAAUUGUACGGAUGUUAUAAAGGAGAAUUAGUAUUCGAGUCCGAAGUCAAACUUCGUCCUGGAGUAAAUAAUCGUCGGAAGCGAGAGGAGCGCCCCCUGGACCAUGGUUGCCUGUGUCACAGAACGACAGUUGCCCUGGCUGCGUUAGGUCAAUAUGUUCGGUACAUCUCAGAAUACAUCCAACUCUUGGAGACCAUGCCACAGUGAAACAACUUAAAUGGUGUCAACCCCACUGAACAUCAUUCAAAACUCCAUGAAUUGCGAAUUAACUGCAGAUGCUCAAAUUUUAUAAUUUUUGCAUGAUGAUAUUAAAAACUAUGAUACACUUAUA